AUGAGCGACGAGCAGCUCUUUGCCGGAGAGCUCGAUCCAGCUGCCGGGAAGCUAGGCGCCACCGCACGAACAAACGAGCAGUCGACGGACCCAGGCUCGCGCGUCGUAGAGUUUGGCGCCGGCUGCGGCCACCUCUCCCUCCUCCUCGCGUCGCUGCGGCCAGACUGCCUCUUCACGCUCGUCGAGGUGAAGCCGUACACGAGCAACAUCGCGGCGGGGCGGGUCGCCUCCUCCGGCCUUGCGAAUGCGGCCGUCUUCACCGGCAGCAUCGACGACAUCGACGAGUACGCCUCUUCGGCGGCCUGCUUCGACGUCGCGAUCGGCCUCCACCUCUGCGGCCUGCUCACCGACGCGUGGCUCGCCCUCGCGGGGGCGCCUCACCCACGGAUUGAGGGUGACACAAUCUACUGGUGA